ACUGUCUUCAUCAAAGAUUUGAUAAGGCACUUGGAUCAUGUGGAACGCGAUUUUUGGAAGUUCAGAGGAACCAUCUCCAACUGCUUUGGAGGUGACAUUCACCCUCAAUGGAAAGCAGGUCACAGUUGGAAAUGAGGUGGUUGAGGGUACGUCGUUGAACACGUAUAUUCGCGAUGUGGCCAAACUAAAAGGAACCAAGUUCAUGUGCACCGAAGGAGGGUGCGGAGCUUGCGUGGUCGCCGCGACCAUCGAGCACCCCGUCACCAAGCAAAAACAAACUCUCUCCAUCAAUUCGUGUUUGGUGCCGGUUUUUGCGUGUCACGGAUGGGAUAUUCGGACGGUGGAGGGAAUUGGCAACAAACGGGACGGCUACCAUCCUGUUCAAGCGAAUUUGGCCCAAUUCAAUGGAACUCAAUGUGGAUUCUGCUCACCCGGAAUGGUCAUGAAUAUGUACAGUUUGGUUGCUGAUGGAAAAACACCAACUAUGGCUGAGGUGGAGAACGCUUUUGGUGGAAAUUUGUGCAGGUGCACGGGCUAUCGCUCAAUUCUGGACGCCUUCAAGGCUCUUGCUAAGGACGCAACGCCAAUGAUGAAAAAGCAGUGCGCUGAUAUUGAAGAUAUGUACAAAAUUUGCUCUAAAACCGGUCUUGCUUGCUCUGGCUCCUGCAAGAAAGACUCGAAUUUUGAAGAAAUUGUGCCAAAGUCGGUGAAAAUUCCCGCCGCAAACUGGUACAAGGUGACCACUUUGAAUGACCUGUUUUCGGUGAUCACCUCCCUCGGAGCAACCGUCUACCAGUUGUCGGCCGGAAACACCGCCGAAGGCGUCUACCGCCACUACAAUCGCCAAUUCGACGCCCGCAUCGAUGUCAAAGACGUGCCAGAUCUUCGCACAAUAAACACCUCCGGAGGCUUCACCGUCGGCGCCAACGUUACCCUGACAGAGGCCAUCGCCGCCUUCAAGACCCAGGCGGCCAUUACCGGUUACUCAUACCUCACCGAACUUGCAAACCACCUUGACGUUGUGGCGAAUACCUCAGUUAGAAAUAACUAUAAAGUGCCAGGAGCUAAAGACAUUCCGGCCGAUUUUAGGAUCAAUUUCAGGAAGAACGCAUCCAACCCUCUGGGGUUGCUGAACUCAAAGGCCACUGGUGAACCGGCCUUGAAUAUGUCGAUCGUGUGCUUUUUCGCGCUGAGGAAUGCUUUGGACUCGGCACGGAAGGAUGCUGGAGAUGUGGCAGAUUAUUAUGAUAUCAAAUUGCCAGCCACGGUUGAAACAAUCGCCAUGACCAGCUUGACUGACACGAGCCAAUUCACGUUUGCAUAGUUAGAGCAAAAAAAAGGACGGCAUUGCUCAUUUAUGUAAAAGCGAGAAAGAAAAUAAAAUUUGUUCCCAAUUAGCAAAUUCAUUUCUUUGUUCAUUGCUGAAAAUAAUAUUCAAAUUUUUAUCAUAGGGUUGCAAAAAAAUAAUGUAUGUACUCAGUGAGUUUAUGCGGCUAUUUAAAUUGUAA